UGGGCAGUAAAGUAACGAUCUGAGAAGUAGAAAUGGACCAAAUCCAGCACAAGUUCGUGGACGUACGAGGAGGACUCAAGCUCCACUUAGCAGACAUCGGAUCUGGUCCUAACGCCGUUGUGUUCCUGCACGGAUUUCCGGAGAUAUGGUACACGUGGCGCCACCAGAUGAUCGCCGUAGCCAACGCCGGCUUCCGGGCGAUCGCUCCCGAUUACAGAGGUUACGGACUCUCCGACACGCCUGCCGAACCCGAAAAGGCUUCCUUUGCUGACCUUAACGCUGAUUUGCUUGCCAUUCUUGAUGCCCUCGAACUUGACAAGGUUUUUCUUAUCGGAAAGGAUUUUGGAGCUCGGCCUACAUACUUGUUUGCCAUUUUCCACCCGGAGAGGGUCUUGGGAGUUGUAAGCAUUGGAGUGCCAUAUAAACCCCCAGGCCCCUCUACAUACCACAAGUACCUUCCUGAAGGCUUCUACAUUUCAAGAUGGCGGGAGCCUGGACGAGCAGAAGCUGAUUUUGGGCGCUUUGAUGCCAAAACAGUUGUGAGGAACAUUUACAUCCUCUUUUCAAGAAGUGAAAUACCAAUAGCUGCAGCAAACCAGGAGAUUAUGGAUUUGGUGGAUCCAUCUACUCCUCUGCCUCCUUGGUUCACCGAGGAAGAUCUUGCAGCUUAUGGAGCUUUGUAUGAAAAAUCUGGAUUCCGAAAUACAUUACAAGUUCCAUACAGAUCAUUUGGCGAAGACUUCGAGAUUCCCGAUCCAACACUUAAAGUUCCAGUACUUCUUAUAAUGGGUGUUAAGGACUAUUUUCUCAAAUUUCCAGGAAUAGAGGACUACAUGAAGAAUGGAAAGGUGAAAGAGCUCGUCCCUGAUUUGGAGAUCACAUAUUUGCCGGUAGGAACCCAUUUUGUUCAUGAGCAGUCACCUGAUGAGGUGAACCAGCUAAUACUCUCCUUCCUUGGCAAGCAUGUUUGAUUGUGGGCACUUCAUUUACACCUAAUUUUCAUAUGGUAUAUCGCAAGUUUGGCCGUGUUUUCCGUUGUACUUGCAAAAUCAUAAACCCAGUUAUUGUAAUGAUUAAUUACAAUAAUCAACCAUUUGAAGAGUUCAACUGUCUGGUUA